GGUCACGUGAUCAAAAACGCCGCUCUGACCGGUGUUUUGAGUCUCGUAGUAUUUAAAAUGUCAUGUCAGUGAGCGUCAGCUGUGGAGCUGGGCGGAAGUGUCCGGUAUGAUGUCCCGGGCGCGGUUGUGUUUACUAGCGGCGGCGGUCGCCGUGUGGCUGGAGCGGGCGGACGGGGUCUGGCCGCUGCCGCAGCAGCUCCAUCAGUCCGCGGACAGGUACGGUCUGAGCCCGCGGCUCUUCUCCUUCUCUUACGGGAGGGACUCGGCUGCGCAGACGGGGUGCUCCGUCCUGGACGCCGCGUUCAAAAGAUACUUCUCCAUCAUAUUCCCGGACUUCACGACGGGAUCAGAACGUGCGCUUCAGACUGCACCCUUUGUCGCGACGGUGAGCGUCAAAACCAGAGGAUGUGACGGCUACCCUGACGAAGAUUCAGAUGAGAGCUAUGCUCUGAGUGUGUCGGAGGGCCGGGCUGAGCUGAGAUCGGUGUCUGUAUGGGGAGCUCUGAGAGGUCUGGAGUCCUUCAGUCAGCUCGUGCAGCAGGAUGAUUAUGGCGCUUAUUUUAUCAACAAGACGGAGAUGGUAGACUUCCCACGUUUUGCAUUCAGAGGACUUUUACUGGACACUUCAAGGCAUUAUUUACCUCUCCGUGCUAUUUUGAAUACUCUGGACGCCAUGGCCUACAGUAAAUUGAAUGUCUUUCACUGGCACAUUGUGGAUGAUCCUUCUUUCCCGUAUCAGAGCCGCACCUUUCCCGACCUCAGUAAUAAGGGCGCUUUUCAUGCGUUCACUCACAUCUACACGCAGUCAGAUGUGAUGAGGGUGAUUGAACAUGCCAGAAUGAGAGGCAUUAGAGUCGUCCCUGAGUUUGACUCUCCUGGACACACUCAGUCAUGGGGGAAAGGACAGCCAGGCCUCUUGACUCCGUGUUACAAGGGCAGUGUGCCGUCCGGUUCAUUCGGACCCGUCGAUCCGACCCUAGACACUACUUACAGGUUCAUGGAAAGCCUCUUGAAAGAGGUGAAGUUCGUCUUUCCUGACUCUUAUGUUCAUUUAGGAGGGGAUGAGGUCAGUUUUGCCUGCUGGCAGUCGAAUCCAAAUGUGCGGAAGUUCAUGGAAAAGAUGGGCUUUGGGAAGGACUUUACUAAACUGGAAUCGUUCUAUAUGGAGAGUAUAAUGAACAUGACCGCCGCUCUCAACAAAACCUCCAUUGUUUGGCAGGACGUGUUUGACUACCGUGAGCGGCCCAGAUCUAAGUACGUGGUGGAGGUUUGGAAGCAGGGCUGUUACCUGUGCAAGAUGCGCCGGGUGACCAAGGCGGGGUUAAAGGUCAUCCUGGCGGCCCCUUUCUACCUCGACCUGCCGAUACCUACUCACAGCUGGGCCCGUUUCUACAACGUGCGGCCCUUAGCCUUCAGGGUAAAAGCCUCAAAACGUGGCGCGCGUGCGGACGAACGAGGCAGGUCCGCUUGGCGUUUGAGGUGUCUGCUGCUGUCUCAGAUUCCACAGGACACGGUUCUGGAGAUCUGGAAGGGAGCGAAGUACCAGGCUGAGCUGAGCAGGAUGACCCAGGCCGGGCACAGGGUCCUGCUCUCUGCCCCCUGGUACAUCAACCACAUCAGCUACGGCCAGGACUGGCGCGACUCCUACGCUGUGCGGCCCCAGAACUUCUCCGGCACAGACGAGCAAAAGAAGCUGGUGAUUGGUGGAGAGGUGGCCAUGUGGGGGGAGUAUGUGGACGCCACCAAUCUGACCCCGCGCCUGUGGCCGAGAGCCUGUGCUGCAGCGGAGAGGUUGUGGAGUAAUGAAGAACAAACCCUGAACGCAGACCUGGCCUUUCCACGUCUGGCUGAUUUUCGCUGUCAACUCGUGAGGCGAGGAUUCGAGCGGAGCCUCUCUUUGUUGGUCACUGCAGACAUGAGUUCGACGACCUGUAACACUCUGGAAGAUAUAUAUAAUAUAUAGAUAUAAUUAUAUAUAAUUCUAACUUUUUUUUUUUUAUUGAUCAUGCACACUGACUUUUACCAAAGAGAAUGUGAAAUUUAUUAAUAAAGAUCUAUUCAAGA